UUCCGCUACAGGCCAGCUGAAUUGCUUAUGCCACUCUCAUCUCAGUGUGUACGACUCUCUCCAAGCUGCUGUCUGUACGACUCUUUCCCAGCUGCUGUCUGCACUGCUGUUACUAGAAGAGCCAAUGGCUCGUUGCAUCGCGGCUUGACUCGCGCAGUGCCUGGAUUUCUCAAGCAGCACUUUAGCUCAUUGACCCCUAAGCACUGGCCCUGAAUCGCAGAAGCGCGCCACGACCGCGCAGCUCCUCCAAACACUGCAGCUUCAUUCUGCACUGGGGCACGCUGCACCUCGCCCUGCUGCAGCACUCCGCAGGCCCUGAGCGCCCACAAUGUCGCUCAACGGGCUGGACGACGUCGCCGUCACACAGGCUUACCAGAGCGCACUGGCCGAGGCUGGUGGAUGGUUCCUGCUCAAGUACACGGCAAGGGAUGCUGUCGAUGUCCUGACCAAGGGGACCGGCGGGGCGCAAGAGGCGCGCGCAGCGGUCGCACAGUAUGAAGACAAUUCGCCGCUAUAUGGCCUGCUGCUGUAUCGCCGCCGCAAGGUGCUGGUCAAGUACGUGCCGGAGGGCACCUCGCGGCUGCUUCAAGCCCGCGUUGCAGUCCACUUCAUCACCGUGUCCGAGAAGUUGACGCCGCACGACAUAGUCCUCUCUAUCAGCACCCCCGAGGAGCUUAGUGAUGCUGCCCUUACCUCGGCCUGCACCCUACAUACCGCUGCCCCCUCGAGCUCUUCGUCCAGUGGCUCGUCUGCAAGGCACCAGAAGUUGAGCUGGAUCAGGGAAGAGUCGGAGGGCCCUGGGCAAUCCGGAGGGGACGAAACCCCAGUACUGCAGCGACCGCCGACAGCCUCGUCCACCAUACCGACCAUUCUUGAGCCCACAACCAGCAGCGAGGAGGCCUCGCUGCGAAGUGGUUCGGUAGUGUCGCAAAACACCGAGCAGGUGCCGAUUGUUCUCGACGAGAAGGUGGCCGAAGCAAAGCCAGUACCAGAUGUUAAGCCUGCGCCGGAGAUCUCGCACGUCACCAUCGAGAAAAUCACACAGGGUCCACAGACACCGGAGGCAGACGACCUCAGCGACUUUAGGGAGACGCUUACGAGUUACGACAAGCUGUUCGAAGGUGGACCUGAGCCAAGAGCCUCUUCGCAAACGACGCGACCUGACUACAACGAGCUAUACGAGCACUACUACGCACAAUAUACGAAGCCCAAGGAGAAGUUAGGACCGCGACCUCGAGCAUCGCAGGAAGGCAGGCGACCGUCUACUUCAGGCAGCGGCUCUCAGGUUGGAUCGCGUACAAAGUCAUCUCUGCCCUCUGGCCUACGUUCGGCCACUCGUAAAGCAGCCGAAUCGAAGAAGCCCAAACAUCUCAAAGACCUAGUGCCAGAACCGAAUCUCACGAAACCGACAUCUCUGCCUCCUCCGCCGUCUCCGAUACCCGAAAAUCCUAUCUCUCCAAUCUCAAUCACAUUCUCACUGAAGAGCCCGGCCAGUGUACGGUCUAUGCCAGUGAGCUACAGCAGUUCGUACAGAGCAAACGGCAACUCGCAGGAGAAGACAAGGUUGAUGAAGGCCUUGGAAUUACGCAAGAAGCAAAUGAAGGCCCAACAAGAACGGCAGAGCAAAAUGGCAGAGGACACAACUGAAACUCGCGAAGCAGUGGAGGAGAAUGCUCAAUCGAAGACUGUCCUUGAUUCCCGUAGCUCGAUAGCAAACGCACCAGAUUCUGGUAGCAAGCCAAUCGAGGCCGCUGCCGACUCCAGCGCUACAGUCUCCUCGCCGGCGGACCGCGUAGAAGGCGUUACAUUACACAGCAAGGAGGGUUUCGAGGACAGGAAGAUCUCGCUCGAGGAGGACACAACUUCAACUUUGGCUGCCGACAGCUCUGGUAUGGUCUGCACCAGUAACCAGGUUGAGAGCGAUGAUCUUAACUCUGCCGUAUCCGUAUCUUCGCCGGUGUCUGCGCAAACGCAGGGUUCAUCUGUCGCACCAUCCACCCGCCCAUCAUCCCUGUCAGAGGACGAUCAUAAUAACUUGGACGAUGCACAGAAGGCUGCCCAUAUUCCAGAACAUACAACGUGGGACACUCUAGACGAGCAGCAGCAGUCCGUAGACAGCUCGCCUACAAUUGUGCCGGAAAGCAGGACGCCUGUUCCUUCGUUGGACAUGCAUAUACCAAGCCAGUUGCCGACCCCGCCGGAGGAGGCCCCACUUGAGUCAAACGAGAUUCAUCAGACGUCAAAGCGGGAAUCCACAACAACCCUUAUGCCUUCUAAUUCUCAAGACCAAUCACGCCGCUCCAACCGCGAGUCUACCAUCUACAUGCCCCCUGACGAAGACACUCAGCAUAAUGACAACCAGUCUAAGAGGUGCAACAGGGAAUCGAUGAUACUGCCCUCCUCGAAGAGAGAAAGUUGGUACCAGUCGAAAGAAAAGCGCAGGGCACUGCUUGAUCCGAUCCAGGUGAGUGCGGACAACUCUGAGGCUGAAUACCUGUCCGACGACUCCUUUAUGGAGGAACUCCGCAGUGCCGAAGUUAGACAGGCCAAACCGAUGUCCGUGUCCAAGUCGCCGAUCGUGCCAUUCUUCCCUCGACAGCCCUCUGAGCCCAACCCCUCCUCACCGCCUAAGCGGGCUGCCUCCACCUCAUUCAACAACGCCACCCGGACAUCACCGGAACCCCUUGCCAGAAAAUCGUCAGGUCCAUGGAUCACGUCUACUAAGAGUGAGGAGAUGGGCCCGCCACCGAAGAUGAACUCUGUCAAGGUAUCGGGUGGUAUCGCCCAGAGGAUCAAAGCUCUUGCGGAGAAGUCUAAGCGCGAUUCACAAGCAUCACUGAGUCCCUACGACCCUCCCCGCUCACGACCGGGAUCCAGCUUGGCCCAACGGAAGUCAAACUUUUUUGCAGCGACACCGAUUGAGAGGUCGCCCGACGGCACUCCCGUCCAGCAAGUAGGAAGCCCGUCAUACUUGAGCUUGUCAAAUCAUUCGACGCCUGAUACGAAACCGGUGUUGCAGCCUUCACUCGUGACAACGGACAGUACAGUGUACAAUGUGCAACAAGGACAACAAACCGAGACUGUUCAGGUCACGGCUCGUAUCGUCCGAGAUGAUCGAACGAGGCAACCGACAUUGGCUAUGCCGACUGAGACCACACCACUGGAGCUACACCAGAGUCCCUUGAUCAUCGACCAUCAGAAACCAACAUUCGUUCCGAAGAGCCCGACUCGAGUGAAGACCGCUCCGCCUUCUACAAUUGAGCCGGCUUCGCCAAGAGCACCGUCGUCCUCACAUUCACGUGACCAAGGCCCUGCUCUCCCUCGAUCUUCGUCUGAAAGCAGUUGGAGGUCCUUCGGACGCCGGAUGAGUGAGACGAAGUCGAUUCACAGCCACGAUGGUGACCAUGAGCAGCGAGAAGACAAGAAGGGAAAGAAGGACUCACGCACCAGCAAGAUGUUCAAGCGCAUGUCUUCGUCGAUGUCCGCCAUGCCCUGGAAGAACUCCCAGUCUAGCCUUGCCCUACCAGAGCAGGAUAUGCGGUCGACCUCUUUGUCAUCUCUACGGGAACCGCCGCCGCCCGUCCAGGUUGGCGAUCUCAAUGUUCAGUUCCCCGAUACGUUGUUGUGGAAACGCCGAUUUGUCGAAAUCGACAGCACAGGCAAUCUUGUCAUGGGCCCAUCGAUUUCGAAUCCAAAGGGCAUCACGAAACGCUACCAUCUCACUGAGUUCAAAGCUCCGUUCUGUCCAGACCAGGACCUGCAGGAGCUUCCAAACAGCGUUGUCAUGGAUUUCAUCGAUGGUCGAACGCUGCAGUGUGCAUGCGAGACCGCCAACUCGCAAGCUCAUGUAUUGCAGAUUCUCCGAGAGGCGCACGACGCAUGGGUUGCCCACGGGCAGUCCUCCUAAAUUCUCAUUCCCCCUUUAAACACACUUCCCUACCCUACAUACCCAGCCUAUCGCGGCACAUUUCCUUACGACGUACGAUAGUAGAGCAGACAUCUCUUUUGUGUUUUUGAAUUUACUGCGGUUGCAUGGACGCCCAGCGUGGCUCAAAAGGAUCGGUACAUCAUCACUUGCAUAUCUCUUCAUGUUCCGCUUUUUGGGCGUUUCGCGAUAGCUUCUUUCUCAUACCCUACACUUCAGGCGAGAUUGUACAUUCUGGGUGAGGCUUGUGGUGUACAUUUGUAUAAUAUUUAAUGCUGCUGUGCGGCGUGAGUUGGCGGCUGACACCAAUACAUCUGAGCGUUGU